UUGAUGAGAUCACAGCUGAUCAGAUGUUUGGAGGGUCCCUGGCACUUCGCUUGAACUGAAACUGGAGCGUCAAAAGAAUAAUUCCUUGGCAUGAAGGGCUUAGAUUAGAUGUAAAAGUUAAUAAGAUUAAAUAAAUGCCAUAAGAAAGAAUGUUCUAGCAACUAAAGUGAGGACACGUAGUGCAUUCUAUCAAUUAGGGGAUAAAGUGAGGAGUCAUUGAAGUGGUUUUCAGAAGAGUUUUACAGAAUGAGACUGGGUGAGAGGAAAGCGGUGCUGCUAGCUAUCAGUGAACACAUAGAAAUGGAGCUAUUCUCUUCAGAGGAGUGCUGUGUGGUGAAAAAGCAAGAGAAAAAGGAAGAAAACAACUUUGAGCGGAAAUACAGAUACCUGGAACAUCCUCUUGAACCUGACUGUGAGGAGAGUCUAGACCCAGAUUUCCAGAUCCAACCCAGGCAGCAGGCCCAUCUCAAAGCAAAGCCUUCUGCCCAGGAAGAGCCACAGUACUACCCUCACAUCCUGGAGUUAACAGAUGAAAUGGAGAUGGAGUCAUUUCCUCCCAUCAGAAUAUCAGAUAUUGAACUGGUGGAGAUACAUUCAGGUGAUUCUUCUGUCGUAACCCCGCAAUCACUCCGAAAAGCUAGUUCUAUAAAAUGGAAGAGACUGACUCCUCAGAAGACACAGCUGGAGGUAAAAGAUGUGAUCUGUUUAACCAGAAGACACUACAUGACUCAGUUAGAGAGACAAAGCUCUCCGGAGAACAGAGUGAGAACCACCCUCACAGCCUCGGGGCUGACUGCUCGCAUCACAAUCGACCACACAUGGUCAGCAAGUCAGGUGGAAGGUCGUCUGACGCUGCUGUUCUGGGACUGGUUUGUUAAAAAAGUGGGACAAAAGUUUUCGUUCACAUAUCUACAGUGUGUGCAGGGCUCUAAAGCAGUGUUUGUGCCUGACACCCCUGCUGAGGGAUGGACAGGGGAGCAGGUGCUCAGGAUAUCUGGACAGGGCCCUUUGUAUAUUCUCAGUCACCAGGACUACCCACAGGCAGAAUGUAAAAGUGAGACAUCUUUGCCAAACAGGACAUUUAGCUUCGAUGUUGGCAAAGAGAAUGACAAGCGGCUUGUGAAACAGAUCCACCACCGCAUCUGCAAAACUCCUGAGAGGUUGACGCUCAACCUGGACACCAUCCUAAAACUGUACAGACAGAGCAAGGAUCAAGAAGUAGAAACUCGCAUUCAGGUGAGGAGCGGGUUUGCUCUCCAGAGUGCUCUGAAAGCCAUGAGGAAGCCGGGCUUCAGCUGUAGGUGGACUCCUGUCAUCUCCUUCAGUGAAGAGUGGACUGACGGUCUUGUGGAUCCCAUCUGGGAAUUCUUCAGGUUGAGUCUUUUGGAGCUGCAGCAGAGCCAAGUGUUUGAGGGAUCUCCAGGCCGUCUUUUCUUCACCUAUGAUCUCACAGCACUUGAAGAUGGCAAAUAUUAUGAAGCCGGGGUUCUUAUUGGCUGGUCCUUGGCUCAAGGUGGCCCUGGACCUCACUGUCUACAUCCUGAACUUUACAAGUUGAUUUGUGGCCUAAAUCCAUCGCUGGAGGACUUUAACUGGAGAGAUGUUGUUGAUCCUGCUGUGCAAGCCAAACUACAAGAGCUGCAGAGCUGCAGUGAUGUGAAGCUGCUGUCCCCCGGUCUGUGUGAGUGGGUGUCCCAGUGUGGGAUUCCUGGAAUCUAUUCUGCUUGUUCCAUUGAAAUGCCAGCAAUAUACGCCUGUUUGGUGAAACAUUGCAUCUAUCAUAGGGUAGCCAGUAUGAUCUCCCAGUUCAUACAGGGGUUAAACAGCUGUGGUGGGCUGUGGGAACUGAUAAAGGCGCACUGGGAGAUGUUUCUGCCAGUGAUGACGAGCACACGGCAGCAGCAGCCUCUGACCCUAGAGGAGUUCAUGAAGCUCUUCAAUGUGAGUUUCAAUCACUCGGACCCAGAGCAAAGGGCUGCAGAGGAAGCCACGUUCUCACACUGGGAAACGGUCCUCAACUUGGUGAGAGAUGGAUUGACAGAUUUUUCCUUCGAAGACCUCCUCAUCUUCAUCACUGGAACUGAUCAUCUUCCUCCUCUAGGGUUUCCCAAGCUAAUCUCUUUGCGGUUCUACUCUCUGGACACUGCAGAUAUCCGAUUGCCCCACUCCUCUUUGGCCUCUCUGGAGCUCUUCCUACCAAGGGGAGUGGCUGGAACUGCCGACUUGCUGGCGCUUCUGAGCAGAGCGUUACGGAGGAGCCUGGGCUUCGUAGACUUGAAGCCAGAGGAAGACCAAGAGGAACACUUCUCAAAUGUUACUGACAUCCUGAUGUAGACUCUUAUGAGAAAACAUUUUGCUAUUUAAGUGAAAUUUUUAAGAUUUUUUUUUUCUUUAAAAUGUUAGACAUACAACUGCAGUAGAUAAUAGAUUGAUGCCUGUGCUUUACUUUUGCACGUUUUAAUUUCAUACCCUCAAAAAGUUAGAGUAUCAAUGUCUUAUCGCCAACUGUGAUGGCAUAAUUGUUUUUCACCACAAUUGGGGUUCAGAUUUGAAGGUCAAAAACUUAUGUCUCACUGAAUCAGUCAUUGUGAGCUGUUAGGCUGAAAACGUUGUUAUUGUUCUAAAUAAAUAUAGAGGUUUAAGAUGGUCUUUCAUUCACCUUUAUUUCUUGUUUAUUACAGGUGUAUAUGCAAAUGGCACAUUAUUUUUGUAAUUUACUUUUAUAAGUUUAAAAAAAUGAGCUUUUUGUUGUAGAGGAGGUUAACUUUCUUUUUUGUUACACUUUCUAUAAAUCUUUAUCAUCUGAUGACCCAAUCAAAUAUGUUUGAUAUAAUAGUCAUCCUAAUCUUUUACAAGACACUUCAAUAAUGGAAUGAAGGGUCUUUGCAUUCAAGCUGGUGUCGUAUUUUUUUCUGGUUUUCCUUUUUUCCCAGUGCCAUGUUUUUAUUCACAUUAUUUUUUAUUAAAAAAAUUGAAAUUUCAUUUUGAAAGUGGUGUAAAAUGAGUGUUAAUUUAUUUAAAUGUGGAAAUCUUGCAUGAUGAUGAAUGCUUGGUGUUUGAGUCAACUAAAGGUGAAAAUCUUUCUUACUAAAACAAUUUAUUACAUGAAGUUGAUUUCCUGAUGCAAUGUUAUUUAGUACUUUAACAUAUUUUUUAAGGCAAUUGAUGCCAUUUUCCUUGAUUUAAAGGUCAAGAUGUACAAAAGUUCCCUUUUGUAGGAAUACGUGUACAAUGCCAUCAACACACUGGAAUGCAGUUGUGGAAUACU